AUGGUUCCAAAAGGAAUUCUCCAGAAAAAUGUAAAAAAAAAAAAAUUGAAAAGGUUUAUAAAUAAGCAUAAGAAAAGAAAAAGAUGUAAAGUAUUUUUGAAUAAUAAUGAGUUAAAUUACUUAGAUGAUUUUCCAAUGCGAUUUGGAGAAAAAAGAAACUCUUUAGAAGAAAAGGACAAAAAGAGCAUGAAUAAAUACGUUAUAAAAUUACAGAAUUUAUAUAAAGAAUUAAAAUUAGAAGAAUGUUUAAGAUAUGGUCUAGAAAACAUAGGAAAACUAAAACGAAAAGACUUUAUUAGUAAAAUAGAAUUUUUAAAAAUUAUAGGAAAUGCUUAUUUUUACUUUGAAAAUUAUAAAUAUAGUUCGUUUACAUAUAUACUGCUAUCAAAAUAUUUGAACAAAGUUAAUGAAAAAUACAAAAUAGAAAUAUGCUAUAAUGCAGGAAUAGCAUUUAUAAAAUAUUUUUUAGAAAGUAACGAUAUAGAAUAUUUUUUAAAUGCUAAAACUUCUUUUAUUUGUUGUUUAUUAUAUAACGAUAAGGAAAGUAAAUAUUUCAAUCCAACAAUUUAUGAAAGUACAAUGAAAAUAAUAAGAAAUCAUUUUUUAAUAAGCAUUAAACAAAAUUCUAUAAAUACAGAAUACUUAGAUUUUGAAAAUAGUUCCUACGAAAGUAUUUUUUUGAAAAAUUAUAUGAAUAAUUCAAGUAUAGAAAAAAAAAAAGAAGAAACAAGUACCGAAUCUACUUAUAUAAAUAAGAGUAUUAGCAACAUAGAAGAAGUUUUUAAGGAAAAGAUAAAUAAAAAGAAAAUAGAAGAGGAGGAAAAUGUAAAUUUUGAUUCAAACUAUUUAGAUAAUGUUCUAAUAUAUGAUAAUAGUUUUGAUCAAGAGGGCUUAUCAGCAAAGAAAAAAUAUUUAUUACAAAAAGAAAGAAAAAAAAAUAAUAUCAAUAACGUAAACAAUAAAAAUAGCAAUAUGAAAGAAGAAACUUACAAUAAUAGAAUUUCAGAUAAAGAUAAUUUAAUGAAGAAGAAAUCAGAAGAAAAUAAUCCAACAAAUAAUUUUGACAAUUUUUUUAUAGCGAAAAAAAAUUCAUAUGAAAAAGGAGAUACAAAUAAUGUAUCAAAAAAUAACGAAAAAAGUAAUGAAAAUGACUUAAUCAAUUUACAUAGUUUUAAUGAAUGUAGCUUUUUUGAUAAAAAUAAGUUAAAUGAAAAUACUCAUUUCCAAAAAAAGAGAAAAAUUACAUGUCAAAGUCUUGUUUCUUAUGUUCACGAUAAUUCCAAUGAACUUAAUAAUAAUUAUAAUUCUUCACAAAAUAAAAACUAUAAUUUAGAAAACUGUACAGAUGAUAAAGAUAUAAGUGAUAGCUUAAUCAAUAAAAUGGACGAUUUUUUAUUAGAAAAUAUAAAAAAAAAAAGUAAAAAAACAAAAACAGAAAGAAUGAAAUUAUUAUAUGAUAAAAUAAAUGAAAGUGAGAACACAUCAUCAAUAAUCAGUAAGAUAAAAAAAAUACAUAAAGAAUAUGAAUUUAAUUUAUUAAAAGAAUAUUGUUAUAUGUACGAACUAAGAAAGAGAAAAAAACAAAUGAAGGAGGUAUUAAAAAAUAAGAAUAUUUUAGAUUUUUUUGACAAUAUAUAUCAGAUAUGUAAAUAUAAAAAAUUUGACAUUAUGAUAAAAUUUGUUGAAGAAACCACUUAUGGUAAUAUUAUAACAAAUGAAAGUCAUUUAAAAGCAGUUAAUAUAACAAAUGACUUUCAUAAAAAUGAAAAUGAGAAAAAUGAAGAAGAAAAAAAUAAUGAAAUUGUUAAAGAAGCACAAGAAGAUAAUAAAGAAGAAAAAAACAAUGGAUAUUUGGUAAUAAGAGAAUUAAGCAGUGAAGAAGAAAAAAAAAGUAAAAGUGUUGAAAAAUUUGAAAUCAAAGGUAAAUUUAUGAACGAAAGUUCAAAUUUUAAAAAAUUAGAAAAAAAAAAAUUUAAAGGGACAUAUAGUUCUAUUGAUUUAGAAAAUAAAUAUAAUAAUGAAGAAAAUAAUGAAACAGAUUAUAAAGAAAGUGAAGAAGGAAAUGAAGUUGAAGAAGAAAUUAAUGAAGAAAAUAAAGAAAUUAAUAAAGAAAAGCAUGAAGAAGAAACUAAUUAUAAUAAUCUAAUAAAAAUAUAUAAUGAAAUAAAAAAUAGUAUACAACAAUGUAGUUUAAAGUAUAACACAUAUAAUGAGAAGUAUUAUAAAGAAAAAAAAGAGAUAGAAGAAGCAAUUAUUUUAAGUAUUAAUAAAAUAAAUAAAAAAAGGAUAAGAGAUAAAGUAAAAAAACUAAGCUCUCACAACAACUACUUACUGCCAAAUGUCGGAGAUAAGCUUAUAGAUGAUACAGAUAAAUUAUUUUAUAUGAAUAACUAUUCAAAUAUUCUAAAAAUGAUUAAAACAAAUAAUAAUAUAAAACAUAUUUAUCAUUUAUAUGAAAAUAUGUAUGCCAUAGACAAAUUUGAUUCAAUUAAUAGCAGUAAUGUUUUUAAUAUAUCUCACUUUAUUAUUGAUAUAUUAUUACUAAAACAAGUUAAAGAAAAAGAUGAUUUAAAAAAAAAAAUAAACAAAAUAAAAUACUCAUACAGAAAAUAUUAUAGAAGCCAUACUGAAUCCAAUUCAAAUAUCCUUUUUAAAAAUAUUUUAAAAACUAUACCUGGUAACAAUAUGGGAUAUCAUUUAGAUGAUUAUGAGAAAUUAACUUUUUUUAAUAUAAGGAAAAGAAGAAAAAUAAUAAAAUCAAAUGAAAAUAAUAUAGACAAUAACUAUAUGAAAAAUAGUUAUACUACUAUCAUAAAUAGCAGUGAUAUCAACAUAUGUAUGAACAAUAAAAAGAAAGUAUUACACAACACAUAUGAAAAUUUAGGUAAUGAUAAUUAUAAUGAUAUAAAUAAUAUAAUUUUAGAUACUAAUAUGAAUUCAGAAAAUAUAAACAAAUUGGAAUGUAGUACAAGUCCAAUGGAUAAUAAAGAAAAAUUCAUAGAGGAAAAGGAGAAAGAGGAAGAUAAGGAGAAAAAAGAACCAAAUAAGAAUUUUAUAAAUGAUGGAAAUAUUUCAAGUAGUACAAUGAGUCGUGAAUUGAAUUUAAAAAAGAAAAACAUAUUGGUUCGUACUUAUAAUUACGAAAAAGAAAAAAUUUUUACAGAGAUAAAAAAAAAUGAAAAAGAAUUUUUUGAGUUAGAAAACCUUUUUCAAUGUAUUAAUUUAUCGAAUGAAAAUAAUUGGAUUAAAAAUAAAAUGGAAGAAAUUAUUUUAAUUUUAUUUUACCACUACUGUAAUAAAGAAAAUAACAUUAGAAAUGUACUUUUGAAAAUUUUCUUCUUUUUUACCAACAAUAAUAUUAUAAACAAAAAAAAUGUGUAUUGUUACACUAAUUUUUUAAGAUUGUAUAAUCUUUAUGUGCUUGAUUAUAAAUGUAAAUCAUUAAAUAUUUUUUAUCAUGAUAUUGAAAAUGACUCAGAAAAAAUUAGAAAUGUAAAAAAAGAUAUAUAUGCAGAAUCCAAUUUAGAGUUUGAUAAUUAUGAGGAAUUGAUACACUGUCAUUUAUAUAUGCUAAAAUUAUUAUACAAAUGCUAUUUAAACAAAUUAAAAAAAAAAUAUACUUUUGAUAAUGUCAAUUUAGAAAAAAUUAUUAAUUAUACUUUUACUAUCUUAAAUUUUUUAUUAAUAAAAUAUAGUUAUGAUCAACAAAACGGUAAAGUGAAAAGACGUAUUAUAUUUUUAUUUUUAGAGUUCCUUUACAUAAAUUCAAAGUAUUAUUAUAAGAAUAUAAAACUUUUCCUUGAUAAAUAUGAUAUAAAUUAUAUAAUUAAAAAAGAAAACACGAAGCUUCAAGAAGUCAACAUAAAAGAAAAAGUAUAUCAUAAUUUAUAUGAAAAAAAUAAUGAAAAAGAUUUGUCAAAAGAUCAAGAGGAAUCUGAAGAAAUAGGGGAUGAAGAGGAAAAAAAAGAAAAUGAAAAAAAAAAAAGACAAGAAGAAAACGAAGAAAUGUAUGAUGAAAGAAACGAAUAUGAAGUAGAUGAUGAAGAAAUACAAAAUGAAGAAAAUGAAAAAGAGUAUGAGAAAAAGAAAGAGGAAAUGGAAUAUGGACAGGCAGAAGAAGAAUUAGUAGAUGAAGAAGAAGAUGAAGAGGAAGAAGAUGAAGGAAAUGGGGAAAAUGAAGAAGAGGAAGAGGAAGAGGAAGAAGGAGCGGAAAUAGAGGAAGAAGAAGAAAAAGAAGGAGCGGAAAUAGAGGAAGAAGAAGAGGAAUUAGUAGAUGAGGAAGAAGAGGAAUUAGUAGAUGAGGAAGAAGAGGAAUUAGUAGAUGAGGAAGAAGAGGAAUUAGUAGAUGAGGAAGAAGAGGAAGGAGAUGUAGAAGAGGAGGAGGAAGAAGGAGAAGAGGAAGAGGAAGAUGUAGAAGAGGAAGAUGUAGAAGAGGAAGAAGAAAUGGAAGAAGGAGGAGAGGGAGAAGAUGAUGAAGGAGAAGAAGAAGAGGAAUUAGUAGAUGAAGAAGAAGAAGCAGGAGUAGAAGAAAAAGAAGAAGAGGAAGAAUAUGAAGAGGAGGAAGAUGAAGAGGAGGAAGAUGAUGAGGAGGAAGGGGAAGAGGAAGAGGAAGAGGAAGAAGAGGAAGAUGAAGUAGACAAAGAAGUAAAAGAGAGAGAAGAGCAUGAUGUAGAAGAAAAAGAAAAAAAAGAAGUAGAAGCAGAAGCAGAAGUAGAAGUAGAAGUAGAAGAAGCAGAAGAAGAGGAAGAGGAAGAGGAAGAAGAAGAGGAAGAAGAAGGAGAUGAUGAGGAUCAAGAGGAAAAGGAAGAUCAAAAAGAAGAAAAUAGCAAAGAAAACAAAGAAAUAAAAAAAAACCUUUCUUUGCAGCAUAAGAAUUUAAUAAAUAAUAAUCCCCCUUUUAAGCUUAUGGGUAAAUUUAAAAAAAAAUUCAAAAAAUUAAAUGAAAAUAUAGGUCUUGCUUUUUUAUCUUUUCUAAAAUGCUAUAAUAAAUGCUUUUUUAUAUUAAAUUUGAAGUUAUAUGAAAACAAAUUUUUUAAAAAAAAUAUUAUGAGCAAAAUCAAGAAAAUUGUUUACUACUGCAAUAGCCUUUAUAGUAUGAUAAAAAUAAAAAAGUUACCUAUUUACAAAAUUUAUAAUUUCGCAUUAAAUGAAAUAAACUGUAAUUUAUAUAACGAAAACAUUUUUUCAAAGCCAUACUUUUUUAAGAUAUUAAAAGAAGAUAAAUAUGUUAAAAAAAUAUACACACACAAUCAAGAUUAUAUUUCAAAAAUGAAUUUAUAUAAUUUCAGUACUGUUUUUAAAAGGAAUUUUAUAAAAAAAGAUGAUUUAAUGAGUGUCCUAGCUUCUUUUAAUAGACGAACCAAAAAAAAAUAUAAAAAAAAAAAAUUAGGUAAAAAAAAAAAAAAAUUGAUUAUAUUAACUUACUCAUAUAAAUAUAUAAAGAAUUGCAUUUGCAAAGAAAUAAAAAAAAACAGUAUAUUAUGCUUAUACAAAAAAGCAAAAUCAUUAGACAAAAAUUUUACUCUAAAUAUUGAUUCCCUUCACUCUUUAUUUGACACACGGUUAUGCAUUUUAACUUUAAAUUAUGAAUUACAGAAUAUAAUUAUUCAAUUUAUUAAUGAUUGUUUGAAUUUUAUUAUGAAAAAUCAAAAAAAUGUAUAUUUUAUUUUGAUUAAAAAGGUAAUGAAUAUUUAUAGCAUGAUUUUUUCUAUAUUCUAUUUACGUUUGAAUUCUUUCUCAGAAUUUCAUACAAAUAAAUUAUCUAAGGUAUUUUCUCAAGAUAAGAACAUAUUUUCUUAUAAUGACAAAAUUCAUUCAAAUAUGCUCAAUUUUUUUAAUUUUAUAAAUUUUAGAUACGGUUGUUCAUACGAUUUUUUAAAUCAUAUUUUUACUUCCUUUCAUGUUCUAAUGAAUUUCAUAGUAAAAAUAAAUGUAAACAUAAAAAUAGAUAAAAAAUUCAUAGGAAUACAGAAAAAAGCAAAAAAUAAUAAACAAUAUAUUCAAAAAGAAGUGAUAAAUAUAAGUAAUGAAAUACAAAAAUUUAUUAAAAAAAAAAAUAGCGAAAAGUCAAUAAAAAGAAAGAAAAAUACAAUAAACGGAAUUUAUAUAAAUAAAGAGAAAUUAUAUAAAAUAAUAAAAGAGAUAAAAAGAAAAGUAAGUAUAAAUGGACAAUUUAAAAUAAAAAAUAAUCUUUUAGGAAAAAAAUUGGGAAAAAAAAUAAAUAAAUAUUAUAGUAAUUUUGUGAAAAACAAAAAAGAGAUGAAAGAUAAAAGAAAGAAGAAGGAAAAAAUUAAAUUUAAUAAAUAUUCACAAAUGGAAAAAAGUAACAGUAGUUUGUAUUCUUCAGUUCAUAUAAGAAGUUAUAAAGUUUGUAGAAAAACAAUUAAUAAAAAUGUAAAAAAAAAAAAAAUUUCUUUAAAAAAAAAUAGGAAGUUCAUCAAAAAUAACACAAAUCUAAGUUACUUAAGACAUUUUAGAUAUAUAGAAAGUAAUAAUAGGAAUAAAAUUAAAAAAAAUUACUGUAAAAAAAAAGAGAAUCUAUUAGAGAAAAAUUUAUAUAAAUAUAAAAAUGAAAAUAAAGUUAUAUUACGCAGUUAUAAAAAAUUAAAAAACAUAAAAAAGAAAUUGAAAAAAAUAAUAAACAAUACUUCUUUUUUUAAAUAUAUUUCUGUAAUAAAUAAAAGUGAUUAUAAAAUUUAUACUUCUCUUUAUCCAUUAUUUUCACAUAUUCUUUUUAUUCUUAUUUCCAUUUUAUAUAUUGAAAAUUAUAAUAUUCUAAAUUUACGAAAAAGUCAAGAUUUUUUUAUGAUUAAUGAUAUAUAUAAUACUUAUUACAUAUUUUUACAUAUUUCAAGUAGUAUCAUAUUAUUAAUUUCUUCUCCUUUAAAAAUUCAUUUACAUUUUUAUCCAUUUUUAAAAUCAAAACAGGAAUAUUUCAUUAAAAGAAAGAAUAUAAAAAAAAAUACAGAAUAUAAUAAUAAUAAAAUAGAAAAUUCAGAUAAAAAAAGCGUAAAAUUAAUAAGUGAAAAUAAAAAUCAUCAGGAAAUUUUGAAUUUCUCAAAAAAUAAAUCAGAAACUGAAACAAAUGUUUCAAAAUUAAAAAAUGAUACAGACUUAAUUAAAAGUAGUAAUAAUGCUGAAAUCAAUUGGAAAUACAAUAACCAAUAUGAAAUUUAUUUGCAAACACUUUUAAAUUUUAGUUCAGUUAAUGUCUUGUUAAUAUCAAAGAAAAAAAACAACAGUAAAAGAAAAAUGAAGAAAAAUAAAUAUAUAUUUAUUUUUUGUAAUUUAAUAGAAAAUUUAUUACAGAAUAAUAUGUUUUACCUAGAUUUAUUCAAUAGUUGUAAAAGAAGUAAUUUACCUGAAAUGAAUGAAAUUUUUUUAAAAUUAAAUAAGUUAUGUAAAGAUAACAAUAUAAUGGAUGAUUUUACUCUAAUGAAACAAAUAUUAAUUAAUCAUACUUUAUUUAAAUUUACUUUACAAGAUGUAUAUUUAAUUUAUUUUGAUAUAAAUAAAAACGAAUUAUACAAUAUUAAUAAAUGCUCUAUGAAUUUAUUUUACUUUUCUUUAAACACUUUGUUAACUUCUUUUAACACAGAUAUAUCUAUUCACUUAGAAAGAAACAUAUAUAAUAUUAAUCUUUAUCAUAAAAAACAUUUAUACUAUGAAUUAAUUUUAAGUAAUAUUAAAAAGACUAUUCUUUAUAUAAACAGCAGCAAUAAAUCUUCGUUUAACUGUAUAUUUCCUUGUGUAUUAUAUUACUUAAAUAAAUACAAAAAAAGAAGAAAAAUAAAAAAAAGAAAAAAGUGUAAUUUCACAUCAAGUAGUUUAAGUCAUAUUUCUUCAUUGUAUAAUAAAUCAAAAGGAUGUAUUUCAUCAGGAAAUGAUACAAAUGAAAAUCCAAAAAAAGUUGGAAUUGAUAAAGCUUUAAGUGAAAAUGAAAAAAAUGAAAUGAAUGAUAAUACCAUUUAUCUAAAUAACAUUAAACAUUCUGAUAUCCCCAAUUCUUCCUAUAAUAAAUACAUAAAUUAUAUCAGUAAUAGUAACAAAUUGGUGGAAGAAACUAGAAGUAAAUUUUAUAAAAAGAAUGAAAAAAAAUUUAGAAGUAAUAAAAUAAUUAGUAAAAUAAUUUUUGAUAUGAUUAUUCCCUACACAGACAUAAGAAAUAUUAAAGUGCAAAAUAAAAUAUAUCGUAAUAACCAUUCUAUUAAUGGUCUUAUUAAUAUUUGCUUUUCAUUUUUAUUUAAUAAUUUUUUAUUUUUAAAAACAGUGUAUCCCUUUGAUAUUAUAUCAAAAGAUAAAAAUGAAAAUGAAACAAAUGGAAAAAGAAUAAAAAUAACAAAAUAUAACUUAGAUAUAUUUAAUAUGAAAAUGAAUGAUAUAAGAGCAGUUGAAUUAUUUUUAUCCUUGUAUAUUCAUAAAUAUAUGCAGAGUAUAAGUUUAGAUAUUAAAAAAUUAGUUGAUUAUAAUAUAUAUUUGAAUCAAUUCUUUUGGGUAUCAAAAGAAAGUAAUAUAAAUAUUUCACACAGUGAUUAUAUAUAUCUUAACUAUAAAUUUUGUAAUGUUUAUUACAAAUUUAAUGAUUAUAAUAUUUUACAAUUUUUAGUAAAUUUUAAAAAAUCAAAAACUGAAGGAAAAGAAUUUAUGAUGUCAUUUGUAAAAAUUUUUGAAAAGUUAAUUUCAUUAGAUGAUGAGAUGACUACAGAUUUUAUUGAUCCAUUAGUAUAUAAUAUUUUUAUUGAUUAUAUGAAAGAUUUAUUUUUAAAUGAUGAUUAUUAUUAUGUUUGUUUCUAUGAGUAUAUAAAAAAUGUUUAUUUGGAAGAAAAAAAAAAAACUUUUAAAAUUGAAAACUUUGAUUGCUAUAUAGGUGAAUUAAAUGAAUUAAAUCCAUUUAAAAUAAGAAAGCAUAUGAAGAAAAAACUUAAAGAGAGUGUCAACAAAAACUGUUUACUACUGAAAGUUAAAAGAAAGAUAAAUAAAAGUUUAAAUUAUAAUUAUGAAAUUGAAGAUAAUAUUGAUAGUACAAGAAAUGGGAAUAUGAAUUCAGAGGAUAAUUUUCUUUUAAAUAAUAUGCACAAUAAUUCUGUAAGUAAAGAAAAUUUUAAUAGAUUAAGCAAAAACAAAAAUGUAAAUAAUGAGAAUACAAAUGAUAACAAUGAUUAUAAAAGUAUAAAUCCAAGUAGUAUUACAAGAAGUACAAUAAAAAAAAUAAAUAAAAAUGAAAGCAUUGCAAUAGUAUUAAAUAAUGAUCCUUGUUAUUUUAAAAAAGUAUACAAGUAUUAUAAAAAUAAAUUAUUUAGUAUAAUCAAUAAGAGAAAUAUUGAUUAUUUAGAAUUAGUAAAAGUUAUAAAUAAAAAGCAUUACAAUCAUUUUAGCAAUAUGUUUUAUAGUUUUUUUAUACAUAUUGUGAGCGAAGUUAAAUAUGAUUACAAUAAACAGUACAAUUUUAAUAUUUUAAAAAUUAUUGAUAAAUUAAAUAUUGGAUUAAAGGCGUCAUUUUAUAAUAGUAAAAAUAUAUUUUUAUAUUAUUAUAUUUUUCAACAGUAUUUUCACUUAUAUAAAUUUUUAGAAGACAAAUAUUUUUCUGAAUUAGUUCUUUCUGAAUAUUUAUUAUUAAAUAUAACAACUAAAUUAGUUGAUAAUUCAUUAUAUAAUACUGAUUUAUAUAAAAUGUACUAUUUUUUAAAAUAUUUAUACUUAAAAUAUAUAUUAAAGCACACAGAUAUACUAAUUAAUUUUUUGAUAUAUGUAUAUUAUAAAUAUUUUUUUUAUCAUUAUAAAGGAAAAGAUAAUUAUUUUCAUUACUUUAUUGACUUUUUUGUAAGUAUACAUGAAGAAUCAUACAACAACAGCAUAUUUACAUCAGAAUAUAAAAGCAAAGAUAACAAUACAGAUAUUAAUUUUACUAAAGAAGUUUUUUUUACAAAAAACCUAUUUACUAAUUAUGAUUUUAAUGCAUCAUUAAAAAAUGUAAUAAAUGAUGAUAAUGAUAAUAAUAAUAAAAUUGUAAACAGUGGACAAAAGAAAAUGAAUAAUUAUUAUUUAGUUUUAUCAAAUUCUCAAAAUAGAUAUAUUCAAAUUUUAUUUUUUAAGAUACUAACAAAUUUUAUAAAGUCAAAAAUUAGUAUAAUAAAUGCAAAACAUCUAUUCGAUAAUUUGAAUUUCUAUAUUUCUUCUUACAUUAAAUAUUCUCUUUUUUAUUCUUUUGAAGAAAAAAAUAAAUGUUUUAUAAAUUCACUAAAGCAUAAAUAUUCUUUUUAUGAUUUCAAGACAAUAAAAAGAAAUAUAAAAUUAUGUAUAUACUUAAAACAUAUUUAUUUAAAACAUGAUUUAUUCAGUAGUAAUAUAUUGUCAUUCUUAAAUAUAGAGCGUAAAACUAAUAAAAUAAAAUUAACUAAUGAAAAGGAUUUGUAUAAUCAAUAUAAAAGUUGCAAUGACAAAAAUUUCAAUCAUUCACAAAAUUUGAUAAAAUGCCAUAACGAAAAUUCUAAGAAAGAUAGUUUUUAUUGUAAGAACAAAUAUCCUGAAUAUAUAAAAAAUAAUAGCAUAAAUGCAAAAAUAACAAUACCUUCAGAAAAGGAAAAUAAUUCAAAAAACCCCAAAAAAGAUUCAGUUACGAAAAGGUUAAGCUUCGAAGAAGAAAAAAGUAAUAAGGUAAAAUUAAAAAAGAAAAAAUUGAAAGAAGAUAAAUAUUUAGCACAAGAAAAAAGAAUAAAAGUAGAAGAAAAAAGUGAUGAAACAAAAAUAAAAGGAAUAAAAGUUGAAGUCGAAUCAAAUUUAGAAAAUUUUGAAACAACAAGAAAUGUUAACAUGAACCACUCUUGUAUAUAUGAUAAUAAAAAAAAUGAUGAACAAAAUAAAAACAUAAUAGAACUUGACACUGAAAAAAAUAUAAUAAAUUAUAAUUUAAGAGAUAUUUAUAAAAGUUUAGAUAAUAAAAUUGAAAAUGAUAAAAAAAAAGUUAAAGUAAACAUUAAAACAGAGGAAUUUAGUGACAUGGAUAUAAGCACAUUAGAUACAUUAGAUCAAUCAGAAGUAUUAAAAAAUAAGUUUUACAAAAAAAUAAACAACGAUAAAAAAUUUUCAAUGAAAUAUUAUAUGAGUAUCUUAAAAUUUUAUUUAAAAAAUAAAGUUCAUGGAUAUUCAAUAAAAUCAUUAGAAUGCUUAAAAUUAUACGAUAAAUCUAUUUACUUAAUAUUUCUAUUUUUGGGAAAAUUAUUUAACUUUCUUUUUAAUUCCUUGUUGUCUUAUAAUGAUGAAGAAAAUAAUGUAAAAAAAAAAACUAAUACAGAAUUAAAUAAAGAAAAAAAAAAAUCUAAAAUGCAUAUUGACUCUUAUUCAUAUGAUGAGAUACUAUUAUAUUUUAUGCUUAUUUCAAUGUGCUAUUAUUCAGAUAGUUUAAUAUUUUCAAGUGUUAAUUUUUUAGAUUUUCAUAAAUGUCUGUUUAAUGAAGGCAUUUCUUUAAAUAAAAAGAAGGAAUCUAAUACAAGAAAUGCAUCAGAAAAAACAUCAGUAGAAAAAAAAGAUGAAAAUAAAGUAGAACUAAAUGAAGAAAAUAACAAAAGUGUAAAGAAAGAAAAAAAUAAAAUUGGAGAAUAUGUUGAUCAAAUAAAAAAUAAAACAUUAGAAGAAAGUCCAAAAAUUAUAAAUAAUAUAAUAGAGGAUAAAAAUGAAAAUUUAAAAAAGAAAAAUUUUUCUUUAAAGCCAUGCUUUUUAAAUACAAACAGUUUUUACAUUUUCAGAAAUAAAGUAAAUGAUAUUAUCAACAGUGAUAAGGAAAGCAUAAAAAUAAUUAUUCCAUUAUAUAAAUUAUUGGUAACACGAUUAAAAAUUUGCUUAUAUUACCCUAGGUAUUUUUUUCUUGCAUGCUUAUUUAAUUAUAAAUAUGAUACUAAGUUAUCAAAUACUCUAUUAAAUUAUAUAAAAGAAAAAAACUUUUUAAGCAAAAAUAUUAAAUAUAUUUAUGAAGUAGAUAAAGAUUCACAAAACUUAGAAAAGGAUUGUAUAGAUAAAGUUAUAGAAUGUGAUACUAAAAUAGGCAAGUUUAAUAAAAUUAAAAGUUCUGAUAACUUAGAUACUCAUAUUUUAAACAAUUUAAUAGAUAUUACAGAAAACAAUAAUGAUAAAAACAUGGAAAAUUCUGUAGAAAGUUUAAAAAUAAAAGAAAAUUUUGAUAUUUUAAAUGAUUUCAGGAAAAAAAACUUAGGCAUAAAUGAAAAUAGUGUUGUUUUAAAUGAUAUUAAAAAUGUUCAAAAUGAAAAUAAGAAAAAGAAAAAUAAUAUAAAUAAAUAUAUCAAUUACUACAUUGAUUAUCAUGAAAGUUGUAAUUUUAGUAACUCCAUUUCACAUAAUUUAAAUAAUUCACCAAAAAAUAUAAAAAAUGGAGAAUUUAUUAAUGAAGCAAAAUUAUCUGAAAAUGAACAAAAUGAACAUGGUAUUUUAAAAGAAACACAUUUACAGAAUAAUGAUUGUUUUUUUAUUGAAAAUGUUAUGAAUACAUGCGAAGAAAAUCAUAUGAUUGAUGAUGUAUAUGAAAAAGAGUUAGAUUCAAAUAAAAUAAAUAAAUUUGACUGUAAUUUACAUAAAUUAAAAGUUAUAAUAAAAAAUAUAGAAAUUAAAUAUAAAGAUAUUGUUAAUGAUAUAAUUGAAGGUUUAAAGUUUAUUUCAGAAAAUAAAAAUUGUAACAAUUAUAAUUCUCAAGCUGCUUAUCAUGUGUGUAUAUACUAUUUUAUGAAAAGAAAUUAUGCUAAAUGUAUACAAUAUAUUAAGAUAUUCGUUAUUAAAGGAGUAUUUAAAAUUUGGCAAAAUGAUACUUUUAAUCAAGAUUAUUACAAUUUAUACUGCAAAAGAAUUCAAAGAAAUGAAUUUUGCUUCAUAAAAUAUUUUACUGUUGUAUUAGAAGUUAGUAAACACGUUUUGAAAAAAACAUUAACUAAAAUUAAUGAUGAAAUGUGUGAUGAAAAAAAAAAAUUAUUAGAAAACAUUUAUAAUAAUAGAUUAGAAUAUGAAAUAACUAAGGUUUUAGUAGAAGUAAAAAUUUUGGAUAAAAUUAAAGAAAAAAAUGGAAAUGAAAAUGAAAGAUUAAUUAAUGAUAAUAAAGAUAAUUAUGAUAAUAAUAAUUUAAGUAACAAUAAUAAUCAUAUUAUGGAUGAUGAAAAAAAUGAAGCAAAUAAUAACAAAGGAACGAUGACUAAUCUUGAUUUAAAAGAAAAAUUAAAUAACGCAAAUACAACUGAUAUAAAUAGUUAUGUGCAAAUAUCAAAUGAUCUAAAUGAUAGAAAAGAAAAUCAAUGGAUCUUUUUAGGGUUUGAUAAUUUAGAUCACUUGAAUGAAAUAUAUGAUAUAUUAAAAAUACUUUUUGAAAUUUAUUUACACUUAGGUAAAACAAUGAAAAAAUUUAAUGAUUGUAAAAUACUAGAAGAAGCUACAUCUUCAUAUGGUUAUAAUUUAUCAAUUAUUAACAUACUUUUUAAAAUGCUAACAGAGCAUUUAUGUUUUAUCUUAGAAGUACUAUGUUAUUUUACUCCAUAUAUUUUAAUAUAUCCAAUUAUUUUACUGUUUUCUAAUAAUCAUGAUAAAUAUUUUUAUAUAAAAGAUGCUUCAAUUAAUGAAGAAAUAUUAUACAAUAGUGGUAGUUCCUCUAUUGAUUUAAGAAUUUUUAAGUUGUUUAGAGAGUUGUUAGCAAAUAAGUCAGUAAUUUUGCCAUCAUAUUUAUCUACAAGGAUGCACAAUGUUUUCCUAAUAGUUUGUAAAAAAUUAUUGUAUUAUCAGAGAUGUGACGAAGAAAUGAUAGCAAAUAUAAAUAAUGACAAUAAUAAAGGAAGCAAAAAAAAGAAAAAGGGAAUUAUUCAAUUUGUUAUUAAUGCACUUAAUAAUGUUAAUAAAACAAAUCUUUCUUAUUUUGUGAAGUUAUUUAAGAGCACAAAAUUAUUAAAUUGCACUAAUUAUUUAAAUUGUGAAAGCAUUAAAUUUUUAACAAGUAAAUUAGUGUAUGAUUCAACUUAUUCAGAUAUAAAUAAAAAUCCACCAUUAAUUGAAUUAGAUGAAGAUAUAGUAGAUAAGUCAAACUAUCCUAUGGAUAAAGAUAUUAUGGUUGAUACUCAUAAUAAAAUAUUCAAUGAUUUCUAUAAUAUAACAAAUAAAAGUCCACUAAAUAACAGUAGUCAAUUAGAUACAGAAAAUAAUAAAAAAGGCGCUUUAUAUUAUAUAAGAUUAAAUAAUGAAAAAAAAAUAUGCUUAUAUGAUGAUUUUGAUUUACUUAAUAAUAUAAAAACUAAACACGAAGCCUUAAAUUCAGUUUACUCUUUAUUAUCACAUAAAAAUUCCUCAUCAAAAAAAACAGAUAAUACUAAUAUAAAAAAGAAAAAAUAUACUGAUCUAACUACUCCUAUAGUUAAAAACUCUGUUCGUGAAAGAGAUUUAAGAAGAUUAAAUAGAGAGAAAAGUAAAGUUAUGUAA